AUGCUGGGUAUCACGGUCUUUGCUGCCAUCUUGGCCUGCGUCACCAGCUGUGGGAACCCCACCUUCCCACCCAACGUGGUAUCCAGGGUAGUAGGAGGAGAUGACGCCGUUCCCCAUAGCUGGCCCUGGCAGAUCUCUCUUCAGUACCUCAAGGAUGACACGUGGAGGCACACGUGUGGAGGCACCUUGAUCACCAACACCCACGUCCUCACUGCUGCCCACUGCAUCGACGAAUCCCUCACCUACCGUGUGGGCCUGGGGAAGUACAACCUGACUGUGGAGGACGAGGAAGGCUCCCUUUAUGUGGGGGUAGACACCAUCUAUGUCCAUGAGAAGUGGAACUCCCUCUUCGUGUUGAAUGACAUUGCCCUCAUCAAGCUGGCCGAGCCUGUGGAGCUCAGUGACACCAUUCAAGUGGCCUGCCUCCCAGAGGCGGACGCCUUGCUGCCUCAAGGCUACCCCUGCUAUGUCACCGGCUGGGGUCGCCUCUGGACCAAUGGCCCCAUCGCUGAUGUGCUCCAGCAGGGCCUGCAGCCCAUCGUGAACCAUGCUACAUGCUCCAGGUUGGACUGGUGGUUCAUCAGGGUCAGGAAGACCAUGGUAUGCGCCGGGGGCGAUGGUGUCAUCUCUGCCUGUAACGGGGACUCCGGAGGCCCACUGAACUGCCAGGCUGAGGACGGCUCCUGGGAGACUCAUGGCAUCGUGAGCUUCGGCUCCCCCAAAGGCUGCAACACAUAUAAGAAGCCAGUGGUCUUCACUCGUGUGUCCGCCUACAUUGACUGGAUCAACGAGAAACUACAGCUGUGAAGAACUGGUUCCAGGAAGCCUCAGUCCAUUCCUGCAACAUCAAUAAACCUUUUCUGAGUGUCUA